AACCCUUUUCUCUCUUCUCUCUCUCUCUGUUAUCUCUCUCUCUCUCUCUCUCUCUCUCUCUCUCUCUCUCUCUCUCUUAAAAUCUUUCUCACUCUUUCUCUUUCACAACAAGUAAGUACUUUGUUUCUUGUUGGAAGGGAUAGAAAAAGAACCAAGUUUUUUUAUACGCACGCGGUAUUGUUUUUUUUCUUUAACUCAAAGUGCAACAUUACGUAAGACAUUCAACAAAACUGUUACAAUCUUCAUAGGUAGAUUAUAACAUACUAUGAUUAAGAUUUUGUUGUUCUCACACUGAAUUUGCUGUUUCUUCUUGUAAAUUUUCUUUAUUUUUUUCCUUAAAAAUCGCUUCUUUUUUUCUUUUUUCUUUUUCUGUUUUUUUUUACCCUUUUUUUUUUUCAAGAAAAUAAAAACAAGAAGAAUAAAAAAAAAGGGUAUUUCUUUUGAGGUUUUUUGGUGUUUUUGUAACACCAGAAAAAUGUGAAACAAGAUACAAUAUUUUUACACAAUCAUCACAAAACACACAACAACGUUUUUGUUAUCUUCAUCAUCAUCAUCAUCAUCAUAUAGAUAUACGAUUGUGUUGUUGUGUGUGUGUUUUGUUUUCUUGUUACCGAAUCCCUUCCCAUUCCAAACCAUAUUAUCAUUAUCCGUUUUCUUGCCGAACAUUGAUCCAAUCAAAUUUUGCCAAAAUGGGGCACCCGAGAAAAUCAAAUUAAAAUUAAAAAAGUUUCAAGAUCAAUCAGAAUAAGAAGAACAAGAAUCAUCAAUUUUCGAUUGCCCAUCGAAAAAAGAUUCAAUUUUGAUUCGUGGGUGGAUCUUGUUGUCAAAGAUUGUUUUUUGGGUUUGUGUGUUUUUUGCUGUUGUAACUGAAAAAUGAAGUCUGAAGAACUUGAUCACUGGAGAAAGUACUUUCGUUCAUCAAAUUCUGACAUCUUUAGUAUCAUUGACAAUGCUAUUGUUGUUGCUGCUAUGGAUUGUCCUAAGGAGUUUAAGUCUAGGAGAGACAAAAUUGCUGAGAAGCUCUUCUCAGUUUUGCUGAAUCGUUGUAAGGACUGUGAGAAGGUUGAAGUGCCUGUUACUGAGAAUCAAAAUGGCGAAGUUUGUAAGAGAGGUUCUGUUAAAAAUGGUGCUAGUAAGGAGAGUAAUGUGAAUGGUGCUGGUAGGGAAGACAAUGAAGUGAUGAAGGUGAAACCUGCUAGCAAUUACAGCUUUGAUGAAGCUGAAGCUCUUACUGAUGAACUUGAGGCAGAAUCUCAAGCUAUUGCUGAGGUUUUGAGGAUCAAAGAGAUUCUCAGAAACAAGGACGAUGAGUCUGAAUCAGUGCUGUUUGAAUCACUAAGGAGGCUUGAACUGAUGGGAAUGUCUAUGAAUAUUCUGGAGUCAACUGCGAUCGGAAAGGCUGUCAAUCCUCUCCGGAAACAUGGGUCCAAGCAAGUCCGUGAUCUCGCAAAGAUUCUUAUUGUUGCUUGGAAGGAAAUGGUGGAUACAUUUUAUACCAAACGUGACCCAGAUGCAACCACUCCGGAAUCAUUAAAUCCAUCCGGCGUUGUGAAUGCAGAAGAGGAAGAAGAAGGAGGACUUCCUUCAAUUCCUUUGGACGAAGGGGCUUUCUUUGUGGCUCCACCCGGAAUGGAACUCACUGAUAAGUUCUUCGAUGGCAUGGAUGAUGAUGGAAAUAUUCAAAAGAGUGCGCCACUUAACAAGAACCAGGGCAAUGCCAGAAGGCCAUCUAUGGACACCGAAAUUAAGGACAAGAGGAAUUUGCCGGCAUUUAAUGAAACAGCCAUCGUUCCCAAGGAGAAUAAGAUUCAGCAAUUGAAGAAGAACGAUGCUGCAGUGAGGCUAAAUAAACCGAAACCAGUAGAUGCUGAUUCUGGCCCUUCUGGCCCUCGCACAUACCUAACGUCAAACAUUCAGCGAAAUGGCAAUGUGGAGCCAAAGGUGCAGCAGAAACUGGAAAGCAGUGCUGUCCCAAAGAGGCCUCUCAAUGCUCAACAAGAUAAUUCCAAAUGUUUUGAUGAUGCUGCUAAGCUCGAAGCCACUAAGCGGAGACUUCAAGAGAGUUAUCAACAAGCUGAAAAUGCUAAGAGGCAAAGGACAAUUCAAGUGAUGGAUAUCAAUGAAAUUCCAAAGCAAGGGGCUGGCCACCGGAACACACAUUGCAAACCGGGAAAUCAAAAUAGGCUACGAGGUCUUUUGCGAAGAUAGAGCUGCUAUUUUCAGGAGGAUGUGCAGAUUUUGCAGCAUGUCGUCUAAAGAUUAGCGAUAACUGUUUUUGCCAUACAUUUAAUGGAUAGAAGAUUGAUCCCCCCCUCCUCGAUGAGCAUAGAAAAUAACAUAUAUACAUUCAACAUUUUUACCGGGAUAGAGUUAUUUUGGUUUUAGCGGGAAGUAAACUUUGAAACAUCGAUUAUUUCCCAAGUACUUACAAACAUUGAGUACAUAGGAAUUUUGUUGGUCCAAAGAUUGGAUUUGGAACUUGAACCUAUGUUGGCAUUCUAUUGCUUACUUGGGUUGUGCCAUACUUUUAUUGUCAAUAGAAAUUUCGAUCGUUUCUCGACA